AUGUCAGCGUCCGUUCGGACCAUCGAAGACGUGUGCGCCAUUAACGGCCACAGGGGACGCGAAGUUCCUGCCCUUCGACACGAUCUUGUCCCAAAUUUCAGCGAAAUUCAGAAGGUCUAUGACACCUUUUUUGCGCCAGGCUUGGACUGUCUCAUCGAAUCUGGCCCCUCAAGAUGGUUUGGCACGAAAGGGUUCCAUUUGUUGACCAGUGAUCGCAGUCUCUUGGCACAAUUCAUGCUCUAUCUAACCCUUAUCAGCAAUACUAUCAAUGGUGACCUCAACAUGUCAGGUACUAUCAGUAUGCCAGCUCAGCAAGCAGAAUUAGCCAGUCAAGAGGCAAGAAUGGUCUGGGCUCUACUAAACCUGAUCGUUCGACAAGCUCAGGAAGGUAUCAAUGACGAGGACGUUGACAAACUAGCGCGGCGUGUGAAGGCCCUCGAAGCAUUACUCACGUCUGAGCCUGUUGUUCGAACUGGUUCUAUGUCUGAUUUCCUCUAUCAAGAUCCGGAACCAGAACCUAGCCCUAUGGAUAUCGACGUAAGCCAGGUACCUACGGUUGCUAACAACCCAUUGCUCGAGAAACCAUUCAACAAGCAACUCGUGGCACGUAUGGAGGAGUUCUGGCAUCUGGUCGAAAGAGCUUCUGAGCAACCCACAAAGAUUUCCACUGAGAUCUUCGAUCGACUUCGGCAGCUCCGUGACGGCAUUGAGCAGCGUGAUAUCGUCUAUAGUAUCAUGCUACUGGGCGCAUCUCCCAAACCAAGGAACGAUGGCAGACCGCAAACCUCGAGCGGUCACUCCAACUCUGGACGUCAUGAAGCUGAUGUAUCGCCCAGUCGACUCGCUCGAGAACAAGAAAGAAGGCAAGCGGAACGUCUCCUCGAAAGUGAAGCAAGGGGACGAGCUACCAACACGAUCCUCCAAAACAUCGCCGGGAUGGGACUACGUGCAUUUUGCAAUGAGUGA